UUAAUCAAAUCCUUGUCUCUCUCCCUUCCCCCUCGAAAUUUUUCUCUCUCUCUAGGAACUCCUUGCUAGAUCUCACCACCUCCUUGUUCUGGAAAUCUUGUUUCUUUCAUGUUAUUGUUACUAUAACUUAGUUAAAAUGUCUAAAAACUCUUCAGCUUUUCAGAAGUUUUCUUUUGUAAAUAUUGAGAUUUUUCAGUGUCGGUGCUUCAUAGAUAACAUUGUAUCGUUUUAGUAAGUUCUGUCCGAUAACUCACUUCGGAUCUUGAAUCUGUGUUGUGUUUGUGUUUACAAUCUGCGAAGAUGGCGAGCCCAUUAGCGGUUGAAUCAUCAGGGACAGAAAGAAGCAGUGUUAGCAAUUGCUUCCCCACACAACACCUCAUCAACGUGGAAAUGGCCGCAGCAAACGUAAGCUCAGCGACUGUACCAGCACCCCAACUUGAGCAUGUUGCUUCAGCUCGGUUUAGGAGGCCCCUCCUUCAUCUUAUUAAUGAAGAGCGAAGAGAUAAAUACCAAAAACUAUGUGUUCCCCUUCAGAAAGCAGCAUCGAAAGGUGACUGGAAAGCAGCAAAGCACAUCUUAGAUAAAGACAUGAGUCUAAGUCGCACCGCCAUAACCAGCGGGGGGUGUUACACGAUGCUCCACAUGGCCGCCGUAGCGAAUCGUGUUCACUUCGUGGAGGAGCUAGUGAAGAUAAUGGAGCCACGUGACUUGGAAUUGCAAGACGCGAAAGGGAACACUGCGUUCUGCCUCGCUGCAGCAACUGGGAAUAUGAAGAUUGUUCAGAUCAUGAAGGGAAAGAAUCAGAACUUGCCAACAAUAAGAGGUGGUAAAGGACUCACUCCUCUUCACAUGGCUGCUUUACAAGGACAAAGUGAAAUGGCUUCACAUCUGUUCGAUGAAACUAUUCGUGUUUUUCAUGAAUAUAAAGAUUGGAUAAUGCUGCUCUUCUACUGUGUCAAAAGUGGAAUCUACGGCUUGGCCUUGAAGGUGCUGGAGAAGAGGCCAGAUCUAGCUUUUGAGAGGGAUAGUCCAAACAACGAGACAGUGUUACAUAUAUUGGCUCGAAAGCCUUUAGGUUCUAUUUGCAAAAGUCAACGAUAUCGAAAGCGGUUUAUGAAGUCCGGUUUGAGGCAAACAGAGCAACUUCAACUUGUACAAUGCCUGUGGAGUAGAAUCCUUGAAGAAGAUGUUGAAGAGAUUAUGCGCACUAUAAAAGAGCCCUCAUUAGUAACAUUCAAUGCUGUAGAAGUGGGAAACUUUGAGUUUCUAGCUGCGCUUACUAGUACUUAUACUGAUUUGAUAUGGGAAGUUAAUGAAAGAAAUCACAGCAUAAUUCAUGUUGCAGUUCGGCGUCGUUAUGCUGAUAUCUUCAAUCUCAUACAUGAUAUUGGCCCUAUGAAAGAUUUCAUAGUAAGUUUUGUGGAUAAUGAAGAUAAAGGCAAUUUAUUACACCUGGCUGCAAGAUUGGCACCACCGGAUCGAUUAAACGUAGUUUCGGGAGCGGCUUUUCAAAUGACCUCUGAGUUAUUAUGGUUUGAGGAGGUGGAGAAGAUCAUGUUACCAUCAUUAAUAGAGGAGAAGAACGCUGCAGACUUGACUCCUCGCCAACUAUUCACAAAGGAACAUGAAAAAUUAUUGGGCAAAGCUGAAGAAUGGAUGAAGAAAACAGCAGAAUCGUGCAUGAUUGUUGCCACUAUUAUUACUACAGCAGUGUUUACUGCUGCAUUUAGUAUACCAGGUGGUAUAAAUGACAGUACAAGGAACCCUAAUUACUUGCAGGAACGUUCAUUCCUGAUAUUCGCCAUAUCUGAUGCAACUGCAAUGAUCUCAUCUUCAACCUCCAUACUUAUUUUCCUGUCCAUCCUCAUCUCACGCUAUGCAGAAGAUGAUUUUCGCAGGACUUUACCCUUGAAGCUGAUAUCCGGGUUGGUUGCUUUGUUCGUCUCCAUAAUAAGCAUGAUGAUAGCAUUUAGCAGUGCCUUUUUCAUCAUGUAUGAUCAUGGUUCAAAGUGGGUUCCUAUCUUCAUUUCUGCACUUGCUUCUAUACCUAUAUCCUUAUUCGUGUUUGAUCUGCUUUUUCCACUCUCGUCUGAUAUAGUUUACUCAACCUAUUUGUGUAAGAAUCUUUUUCGCCCUAGUAAUAAACAUAUACUUUACUAGAAAAGCAAGUCAUUGUCAUUAUCACUGAGUAAUGGACUUGUAAUCAAUGUACUCUCGUAUAGUAAGAGUCUUAAUAAGGCAAUUUCCUUUUCAA